CGGUUCUGUGCGCCGAGAGAGUAGCCUCGUAGGACCUCGCGGCGGUCCGCUCGCGGUCGAAGCAGCCCCGCAGGUGGUCACCGACGGCUUCUGAAUAUUAGUAGUUGGUAUUCAAACAGAUUGAUGGCGAUCUCGCGGGUUGGCGGAGACGCAGUCGAGGGGACGUGCACAAGUGCCUGUUGCACGCAUUGGAGGCUGUGUUUCAGAGGUCGUAAGGAACCCGCACGCUCUCAUGAGCUCAUCGAUCUCUCGACACCUUGGGCAGCCUAUACGAGCUUGUAGUGCUGCCUCGCGCUUAGAAUUGAAGAACGCAAUGGCCGGGCACCUCGCCGGGCUUAGAAUUGAAGAGGACGCCGACGCAGCCAGCACCGAUGCGCAACCGACACCGGGCAGCCUCUUCCGCGAAACCCUGGCCCGCGUCGCGGCGCGAACGGAGCGCACGGCGCCGCCGCCGCCGCCACCCAUCGUCACGAAGGCCCCGAACGCGGCGGCCUUCCUGAAGGUCGCGGCGCCCAUGCUGCUGCCGCGGGCCGACUUUGAGUUCAUGACGCUGGAGCUCGCGGCGGCGGCGGCGGCGCGCUGCCCGUCGGGCGGCGACUAUUUCGUGGUGCGCAGCGGUGCCGACGCGGUGCUCGGCGCGCUGCGGCCGCCGAUCGGCGAUGGGACGCUGCGCUUGUGCGGCGACGGCAAUGACGGCGUCGCGAUGCAGGCGGCGUUACUGCUCGCAGAAUGCCUCGCCGAGGCCGAGGCAAACGUAAAACAAGUAUCCGGCCCGGCGUCGCUCGCCGAGGCCUUUUCGAGGCAACUCGCCUUCCGGCGGCGUUGGAAGGCGCCGGAGAAGACCGGCGGCCUGCGCAUUUUUUCUCGACGACGACCGGCAGAGGAAGCGGGUCGGCCGGAGCUCGUUACCGGCGAGUCGCGCUCCGCGGCCACGGUCAUCGAGUGGCUGGACGCGUGCGAGGUCGAAGCGGGCAUCGACGCGGCGCAACGGACACCGGGUCGCGUGGCGCUCGAGCGCUUCGGCGGCGUUUAUGUGCGGCGCCAAAAGGACGGGGAGCUAGCUUGUAUUUGUGGAGUGGUUGGCCAGGCGACGAGUCCCGGCGGCCGCAGAAUUGGUCUCGUCUAUACGCCGCCGAGCCUGCGACGAGCAGGUCAUGCGACGGAACUGGUCAAGAGCGUGACGUCGGUACUGCUCGACGACCGCACUGGCCCUGGGUUUGCCACGGUGGUCGUUCCCGCCGGCGCCCUGGACGGGCUCUGGACGCGCGCCGGCUACUGUCAUGUAGGAGAUACGGCGGAGUAUCGUUUAGAUCCGGCGCCGCGGGCCUUGCCCACUGACGCCGUCGACGACGACUCAGAAACCGUGCAGUAAUGUAGUAAAAGGUC